UACAUGUUUUACUGAAAUAUCCGUGCAUGCGACUGUACGUGGAUGCGCUGUUUUAAUGCCACGUUAUGUCGAAAGGACAGAUGCCCCAUCCUCAACAAUCCACCUGCUAUAGCAUAAGAUUGCAGAAGCCCAUAAAUAUUACUGUAUUCUUUUAUUUAAGCAUCUGUAGUCUUGUAGAUAUAAAGAUAUCUGGAACUAAAGAGCACAAACCCAGAAAUGGCAGCUAAAAAAUCAUCAGUGCCCAAAGAAGAGGAAGAUCUGGAACCAAAAGGAGACCAACAGGAAGAAGAAGCAGCUCAGCAUCACAGUAUCUUCAUUUCCGACAUGAAGCCUCUGACCAAGGAAGCUUAUGGCGGCGGAAUGUACGGACAUGACGAUGAUGAUGAUAAAACUGGGCAGCCUGAGAACACCGGGAAGAUGCCGGCCAGCGACACCCAGAGUGCGGAUGGGCCGGUGGGACCCCCCGUGGAGCCUAAGCACAAGCCCCCGCCAUCAACAGGAGAUCGAGAUGUCGAUAUAACUGGCCAAUCUUAUAUACAGUAACUUUAAUAAGAGCUUGUAUUUAGGAGGACAAGUUGUAGAUUCAACUGUAAGAAGAGUCCACAUUAAGCUUAUUGAUUAACUGUCUA